AUGGAGGAGUCGACGACGGAGAAGAGCGCCAGGUCCAUAUCGGAGUCGCGCGACCUUGACCUGGAUAAUCUACAGGGCGACUCCAGGGACGCCCCCCUGGGGAACCAGAGCGACCCCGGGGACGCUGCCCUGUGCGCCGCCCGGGCGAGGGCGGGAGACCCAGAGGAGGCCCCAGCGGCCGGCGGCGACCCGGGCCCGAUCGCCGAGGACCCGCGCGAGAGCAGCGCCGCUCGGUCGCCCGUGGAGGCGCCCACGAAGAGGAUGCCCUCCGACUCGCCUGCGGAGCAAGUGGCCGAGCGCCCUGCGGGGGCCGACGGGGGCCUCCGGGCGGACGUUGAGGGGUACCGCGAGGAGCGGAUGAGGGCUGAGAGGGAGCGCGUCGAGCGGGAGAUCGCCGAGUGGCUGGAGCAGGAGAGGGAGAGCAGAAGGGCGGAGGGCGAGCGGGCGAUUGCGCGGCUUGAGGCCGAGAACAAGGUGAAGAUCGCCAAGCAUCGGAAGGAGAUGGCGGAGCAGUUCGAGCUGGAGAAGGACCAGGCCUUCGCAGAGAUGAACAGCGGCCAGGAGAAGAAGGUCCGGGAGGAGCGCCAGCGCCUGCAGAAAGAGUUCGAGCAGAAGAAGCGCGACAUGCGCGCGGAGAUGGAGAAGGCGGCGGCGGACGAGGCCGAGGCCGAGGCCGAGCUCAGGGCCCAGCUGGCUGCCGCGGUGGAGGAGCAGGCCCGCAGCAGGGCACAGCUGGACGACGCCCGGCGCGCCAAAGAGGGCCUCGAGGAGAGCGAGCGGUCGCUGCGGCUCGCCCUGGACGCCCUGCGCGAAAGCGCCCAGAGGGCCGGGGAGCUGGAGCUGGCGAGCCGGGAGGCCUCCGAGGCGGCGGCGCAGCGAGCUCUGGAGGCGGAGCGCGGGCGGGAGGAGGCCCGGGAGGAGGCCGCGGCCUCGGCGGCGGAGUGCGGGCGGCUGCGGGAGGCCGAGCAGGCGAGGCUGGCGGGCGACCGCGGCGUGCAGGCGCAGCUGGAGCGGCUGCGGGGCGAGCUCGGCCGGAGCGCCGAGGAGGCGGGCAGGCUGCGGGCCGAGGCCGCCGAGGCCGCGGAGCAGCUGGCGGCGAGCGAGGGGGGCUGCCAGCGGGCGCGCGCCGAGGCGGCGGAGAGCGCCGGGCGGCUCCUGCAGGCGGAGCGCGAGGAGAGGGGCGCCUGCGAGGGCUGGCCGACGAGGGCGAGCGGGCCAGUGCCGGGCUGGAGGCGGCGGAGGCGGCCUGCGGUGAGCUCCGCGGGGAGUGCGGGCGGCUGCAGGAGCAGCUGCAGCAGGCCGAGGGGAGGAGGGCACAGGAGAGCCGAGCGUCCGAGGACGCAGCCGCGGCGGCCGCGGAGUCGCUGA